UCAGAGCGACCCAUUCUCGCUACAAUGGCGAGCUCAGUUUGCAGCCAGUUAUCUCAGCUCUAGAAGCGGUCGGUGGCUGCUCUCACAUAACGUCGCUCCAGGUUAAGUGCUAUGAUUUCGAUCGCAGUGUGUUCUCCGCCUUGGCGGCAUGCAUAAGAGCCUCGUCCGCGCUUACUGAUGUAAACAUAAACUUCGGUUACGUUUUUGCCCAUCUAACAAAAGAGAAACGGGAGGUGCAGACGGAACUGGUGAGAGCGCUGGCCUCCAACCUCAAGCUAGUGAGAGUCAACGUCAAGGGAGUACUGCUGGCGAAGGACGACUUCAAGGGGCUCGCGCAUGGCGCUAGCAAGAGUCUCCGCCUCACAGAAUUCGCCAUGACUCCCGCCUGUAUCUUCAGUGCCGGGCAUGGUGAAAUGUACGGACCGGUGAGCAGCUGUUCGGUGCACUUUGCCGAGGCCUGGACGGGAGUAUCCACCAAGAAGAGCAUCGCACUGGCCGACAUCUUGGAAACGACCAGACGGAAUGCCUCCGCCGUCUUGGCCGCAGCUCAGUUCGUGUUUGGAGAGGAAGAUGGCCUCGAAGGCGCUCGUUCUAUCGAGCUGAUGCAUGACCAUCCUCGUCUGCUCGAAAUGGUGAGCGAAGGUGCUGACGUCACCAAGGCCGCCGCCAAGGAGAUGAUCAGCAGCGCCCUGCUUCGUGUUGGCCUCUUGAGCCUCGACGAGUUUAUGAGAAUGACCGGCGUCGUCAAGGAGACGGCGGAAUGCCUCGCAGAUCCUGGUGCCAGGCGUCAGCUCUGUGACCUGAACCACGAUUGCUGGCUGCACAUCCGCCGCUUCCUGAAGAUAGCGGACGUUCUGCAGCCUCGAGCCGAUCUAUGUGAAAACUGCUUGCAGUCACCGUCAACAGAGCAGAGCUUUCAACCAUUUUCAUAGAAGACAGGCCAGGUCUCUAUGGCGUGGACGUACGACUGAAUCAAGAAUUCAAUAAAAGAGUCAUUCAAUGAGUCAAUCAAUAAUUCAUUCCUGUUUCCGCAAUGGAGAGCAAAGAAGCUUUUUGUAAUGCAAAUAAUCCAUUCGUGUACGUACUAGAGACAAUAAACUGGAUGUUUUA